AUGAUACACUAUUUUUGGAACACUGAUAGUACAGCAUCCGAUGCAGAUACGAGGAUUACAAAAACGAAAGGAAAUAAUAAUAUCUUAAGGAUGAAAGAUGAAAAUAUCAUCAAUCUCAAACAAUGGCCUAAUACUGCCAAGAUGGUAAAUGCAUUUACUGAUAUUGAUCUUUGUGAGAAUAAUUUAUCAACUUAUGGCAAUGAUUUCUCUCUGAUAGAUUCUGGUAUUGAUUCACGAUCUGUUUCACGUGCAAAUACGAAUGAUACAUUAUCAGAAUGUACGAAAGAAUCUGGAAUGAUUCACACAUCACUUCGACAACGCUAUAAAAAAUGGUGUGAUAGAAAAAAUGAUUAUGAGCAGAGAGAGAUGAGAAAUGGUUUCUGUCACGAAACACGUGAAUUAACUCGAACACGUUAUAAUUCCUAUGCUACAUCAUCUCGUUUGCCGUUAUAUCGAUCAGUUCGUCAAGAUUUAUCUAUUACACGUCAUGUUGCUCGAGUUCGAAGUGCACACAGAAAACGAUCUAAAUCAGCUGCUGCAUUUGUGCAACUUAGAAAAUCAGAAUCCGGAAUGGAAUCUUAUGAGAAUAAUUCGACCUUUUACGAAGAUUAUAAUCAAUUUUACUAA